GCGGAGCUCAGUUGCGCGCCACCCGCCAGUGAACAUACAGAGAAAAGGCAUAGGCGAGUUUGCUGACAAACGACGACACAAUGUUCUCGCUAACAUACCACCAAACGAAAAAACAUGGAUAUUAGCGCAACGAGAUGGAGUAUUUAACCAAACCCGCAAAAAUGAAGCAGUUGGACAACUGUUGGUGGACUCCAGCUGGAGCGGGACUCCCCCUUACGAACCCCGCAACACAAUCCCGCAGUGGCGGAACAACCAUCCAACUGAUUGCGACCUUCUUUCUUCUGGUCACAAUCGGCCUUUGUUUCGUAGGAUGGACGACCAACCCGCCGGAAGAAUCUACCAAGGCUGCACUGCUGAAGACGGGCCAACUGUUAAAUGUGCAUCAGUUUGAUUAUCGACUCAAUAAUCCUCAAAUAUGUGCUGAAAGUACCGUGCAGCCUUUCUUCCUGGCGCUGGUUCAUUCCAAAGCCAAUCACUUCCGGCAGCGACAGGUCAUCCGACAAACAUGGGCCUCUCAGCACGAUCUCAUCCGCCACGUCUUUCUCGUCGGCCUAGCCGACCAAACUGGACUGGAGGGCACCAUGGACAUCCAGAGCCUGUUGGAAUCUGAAAAUGCUAAAUAUAGUGAUUUGGUCCAGGGGGAUUUUGUCGAUCAUUACCGGAAUUUGACUUAUAAAAACUUGAUGGGCCUUAAAUGGAUUGGGCAGUAUUGUCCGUCAGUGCGUUUCGUUCUCAAAAGUGAUGAUGAUGCUUUCAUCGACGUUCUCCAGCUGCAAAAAUUCAUCGACAGGACUUGGCCGGGUGGUCCGCCGUCCGAGACGUUGAUCUGCAACGUCCACGAAGACGCUCUGGUACAACGAUCGGGAAAAUGGGCCGUCAGUCGCGAAGAAUAUCCUUCAAAUACUUAUCCCGCUUUCUGUUCCGGUCUUGCUUACGUGAUGCGUCCUCAGCUGGCCAGUAAACUGUUUCGCUCAGCCAGUAAAGUUCCAGCUUUGUGGGUAGACGAUGUUUUCGUGACGGGAAUAUUGGCUGCCAGUGUUAACGUGCGACAUUUCUACCUUAAUCUUCGCUAUACUCACCAGCAAGAUGACCUCGUCCAGUGGCUGGAAACGAACCUACCUUCAAACCCACUUCCUUUUAUCGUUUCCGAGUUGGACACCAGUCGACCGGAAUGGCCGCGGCUGGCUCAUCGACUAUGGAAUAGAACUUGUACUUAUAAUGCAGUCGACAGUGAUUCCUGAAAGAUGGAGCAAGUGAUUUAAUUCGUUUCCUUCAAAUGUGCCAAUUACACAAUUCAAUCCGCAAGAAUGUCAAUAAUAAUACACUUUAUCAUACGUCCGA